AAGCACGAGGAGCUUGCUUAAGUCCAUAGAUGGUUUUCUUCAAUUUGUAGACAUGAUGAGGAAGAGUUUGAUCAAUGAAACCAGCCGGUUGAGCCAUGCUGGUGACGAGGAGGAGACAGGGGACAGGGAUGAGGAAGAGGGAGAAGGAGAGGGAGGGGAGGCGACGGUAGUAGAAGAAGUAGUGAGAGAACGAGAAAUACCUAAUCAGGAGGGAGAGGGAACCAGAUUUGAACCGCAAGCAAUGGGAGGCGAUGCAUCUUGCGAGACUGGGAUGACGAAGUCUGGCAGAGUUGGGUUGGCAAUGGCAGAGGGCACUGGCAAUGGUAAGGUUGGGAAAGGAGCAGAGGAUGGAGCUGAGUCCGGUGCCGGAGAAGAAGAAGGAAACAGAGAGGCUGAGUUUGUGGAGGGCUGAGACAAAGAUGAAGGAGAAAAGUUAGAGAUUUGAACACUAGUGAGAUUUGGGAAAUUUUGAAUUUGAGAAGCUGAUUGUCCUAUAGAAGCCCGAAAAGGAAAGUGAUUUUCAUGAAAGGUAACAUGUCUAGAAAUAAAUAUUUUAUUAGUUU